AUGAACUUUUCAAAAGGAUAUACGGUCAGACCUAGAACCGAAGGAAACUCACCUAUACUUCCUCCAGUAGCAACCAGGAUAAACCCUUUAGAGAGGCCAACACAACCAAUGACUACACCUCAAGCGGCAAUACCGGAAGAAGAUCCUUCACAAUAUAGUCACGAAACAAUAAAUGAAAUGAUCAAAUUAAAAAUAGAACAAGAGAAAACGAAACAAGAAACAAUCAAGAAUGAAUCUGUUCGUGCAGCUGUGGAGUUAUUGAAGUUGGCACAGACAUUGAAAAUAGAUACUGCAUUGAUUCCAUAUUUGUUUCAGGAUAAUAUUAGCGAGCAUUUUAAUGGCAUAGCAGCUAGACUCCGAAACGACCCUAAAAAAGUUAUCAAGGAAAUAGAGCAAGUACAUAAAGACAUACAGAGAGAAACAAAGAGAGGAAAAAGAGCUUGGUCAGAUGUCGGGUUGUCCUCACAAGGAUAUCAACAAGUUCCUAGUUCAUUAUUGUACACAUCAACACAAAUAACUCCAAAAAAGUCUGCUGUUGUUCCACCUAGAAGAGCUCUGGCAGAAGCAAUUGAGAAAAUACAACGAGCGCUGAAUGGUGCUGGUUCUAGAUUGUCAUUGCCGAGCAUAAAUCCAAAAGACAGUACUCAACAACAACAAACAGGAUUGACACAGCCUUUUAUUCCUCAAUUCCAUCCUACACAACAGCUUUCACCUCCAAGCAUACCUUCUGACUCACGUCCACUUCACGUCUUCCCUGUCUACUUCACACCACAACUGGUUCCAUCGCUAUCUCCCAUACAAGCAAACGGCCAGACCGAGAAGAAUCUAGGAUCCCCAUAUCAACAGAAAUAUUGGACACCGCCCGCAUUGCAACUACAACCCCAAGCAUAUCAUCGAUACACUGCAAUAAUUCCUUCGCCGUCAAGUGCUCAAUCUAAUCAACAAUACGUAUCUACUCAUAUGCCACAACAACAGGUGAUUCAGGCUACACAAUUGGAAAAAUCUAAAACUAAAAAAAUUCCCGCAUCCUCCACAAACGUUCCCGCACAUCAUUUUCAAAACACAGGUGUUAUAAUUCGUAAUUCAUUCAGACCAGUUGAAGCUGAAGAAGUCAUAAACACUAAUAAACGAGUCAAACUGAAUAGGAAUUCUAAUAUUAAUUUUAUGAUUACCACUCCGAAGAACCCGCCUGCCAGGAAAUAUAACAAUCCAAAUAAAUUAAAGUAA